CUGACAGCAGCAAAGCGAUAGCGAUACGAUGUCUGUGGAUCUACAUCUACAAUCGACACACACUUUACUCUUUGGUUGUCUAUCAUAAAAUAGCAAAGCUCCUCAGUUUUGUUAGUAAAAUCAGAAAUUGUUACGAGUUUUGUUUCAACAAAGUGAAAUAGUUAUCUUCUAAAGUAGCACUACCCGAGACGGCAAUUUGUGUGUAGUAAAGUAAAUUUUUGGAUAAUCAAAAUUUUUGUGAAUCAUCGUACAUCGAGCUUUCACACUUGAUUUUCUUCAUUGAUAACUAGUGUUUGUAGUUUAUAUUCAUUAGUAAGGUACCUAAUACGAAUAAAUAAUAACCAAUUAUAUUUUGAAAUAGUUUGUGUGGUUCAUUGUUCUAAUAACUAAAGCCGAAUGUUGGUGACAAGGAAUACUUGAAUCGAUAUUGGGUAUUUGGGUUAUUUACUAGUUACUGUGAAAUGAGAGUGCACAAUUUGUGACGAACCUUCCUCCUGAUGGGUAAUAACUGCUGAUAGGACGCUACUCUCAAUAAAGAAAACUAAAUAAACAAAGUUACAAUGGGGCGGUUCACUGGAAAGAAGUGUCGAUUAUUAUCGAUGCUGUGGCUCACAGGCGGGUUCUUUUUUGUGGAACUCAUUGUGGGCUACAUCACCAACUCUAUGGCUCUUGUUGCGGAUUCUUUUCAUAUGUUAAGUGAUGUAGCUGCUCUUGUCAUCGCCUUUCUAUCAGUUAAAAUGUCACCAAAGAAAUGGUCAAAGAAUACAUUUGGGUGGGCCCGUGCUGAAGUAUUGGGCGCUCUAGUGAAUGCUGUGUUUCUCGUAGCUUUAUGCUUCAGUAUCACAGUGGAAGCGGUGAAGAGGUUCAUUGAAAUCGAAAUGAUACAUGACGCAAGACUACUAGUGGCUGUUGGUACAUUAGGAUUAAUUUUGAACAUUGUAGGCUUGUUUUUAUUCCAUGAACACGGCAGCAGUCAUGGGCAUUCCCACGGAGGCGUGCCACCGCCAGCAAACGUUCGACAUCUCACAGAGAUUGUGAAUAGCAACGCUGACAUGGCACUAGGUCACAACGCGACGGACACAGAGGAGACUGACGAGAUGGUACCGCCCAACUCGGGCAAGAUGCCAAACAACAACAAGCAGACGCCGUGCCGCGCGACUACGGACCCUGGACACAUGAAUAUGAAGGGAGUGUUCCUUCAUGUCCUAUCUGAUGCUUUAGGUUCACUGAUCGUGGUGGGCUCAGCCUUAGUCGUGUGGCUGACGGACUGGGAGUACAAAUACUACAUCGAUCCCGCGCUCAGUAUAGUGCUGGUGAUCUUGAUCCUCGCGUCGGUGUGGCCCUUGCUCAGGGAGUCGUCGCUCAUAUUGCUGCAGACAGUGCCUACGCAUAUUCAGGUGGACGCGAUCCAGCGAAGGUUAUUGGAGAAAGUGGACGGAGUGCUGGCUGUGCACGAGUUCCACGUAUGGCAGUUGGCCGGCGACAGAAUCAUCGCCAGCGCACAUAUUAGGUGUAGAAACUUGUCAGAGUAUAUGAAGAUAGCUGAGAAGGUGAAAGAGUUCUUCCACAACGAAGGCAUCCAUUCCACAACCAUACAGCCAGAGUUCGUGGAACUGCCCCUGGGUGGCAAUGAGAUAACGAGCGGUGCGUCCGCAGAGGCGCCGUGCGCUCUCCACUGCCCGCCCAACGACUUGUGUCACAACGCGACGUGUUGCGGCCCCAACCAGCAGGACCAUAACACACCGUCGCCCGCCGUCACACCGUACCUUUGCCGGCAACGCAACAUGGGCUCAAGAUCAGAGUCUCUCUGCUCAAACAUGGACCAACAAGCAAGUUCCCUACUCCCGUCGCCCUUGGUGGAAGGAGAGCUAGCUGUCUGACAGCCAAUCGUUUCAAACCUGGCUGGUUACCGACUAGACACACGUUACAACACCAACACUUAUUGAAUGUCACAAAACUAAACUAAGUAAAUUUUCGAUUAUCGAAUUUCUAUCUAAGUAGUACAUACACACGAAGCACACGGACGUUUAUCAAAGUUUCCAAUUUUGACCUCCUCCUAGUGACACUUUAAGUAUUAUUUGUCCUAGACGGAAAUAUCAAUUCCUUAUUGAUGAUAAUUAACACGAACUGAUAAUAAUAUUUUGAAGUAACAGUAUCAUUCAAUAGAUUGUUUCAAUGUACAUAAGUCUUUGAUAACGUCUCUUGUCUAACUGAAUAAUAUAAUGCAUAGAAAUAAUUUAUAAACACGUCCUGCGUCGCUGAUAUGAACCUAAUCUAAAAUAGCAGCUAUGUUCUAUGGCGUAUUGCAAAAAGAAACCGAAGUAUGGCACGUAAUAUGAGAGGUAAUGCGUAAAGAGGUUUUGUUCAUCGACUUUUGCAUUCUACCCGCAACUUUUUUUUUACAAUCUAAUCAAAACUUAAUACGUAAUCUUGAAUCUCUUACCCUAUUAUUCUAAAACGCCGACUAAAGUUAGUCUUGGUUUAAACUUAACGUUGUAUCUGUCCCCUCUUUAGAAAACAAAAGAGACAGCAUCAGUUUUAGUCCAGGUUUAACUUUAGUCUACGUUUUGUGAUAAGGCGGUUUAUGUCAACGUGUGUAAAGGGCUUAAGAUGCAAUGGUGCAAAGUUAAAUACUUAAGCGUAGUCUGGCUACAAUAUCUAACGUGUUGAUUAGCUAAAACUAUAUUAAGGUUUUAUAAUUAGUUUAAAUACACACUAUUGUGUAGCAAUAAGGUGGUAAAUACCAAAUCAGAGUUGAAAGUUGUUGUCUUUGCUUACUAUAUUUAAUUUGUGUUAAACGAAUUUCGUCUGUGAGACAAAUAUAUUUGAUUAUAUUAUUUAGUAAGAAAUUUGUUAAUGAUGUCGCAUAAAUUUUAGGAUAAAUUCCCAAAAGGGUGUGUUUAAUUUAAAUUAAGCUUGCGUUUUUAUCGGUAACAAGAAUAUGAAAUUUCGAAAUCAUUAUAAGACAUUCAUUAACAGUGUGCGUUUUGACAAGCCCGAUUUAAUUUUUAUUUUUCCUUCGAUCGAUUGAUAUUUGGUAUCCUAAUUUGAUUUCAUGAAGUACAAUCACAUACUGAUGAUAUAUUUUUUCAUUAUCAAACAAAUCAUUUGUGUUGGCUACUUUAUUUUGAUACGAGAAAGUAUAAUAGAAAUUACAAUUUUAAUAAAGGGGUUAAUGACCUGAUAAUAAACUGCCACGUGGAUGAAAUGACAUAGUUUACACAAACAAUGUUAUCAAAUGCCUAAUCACCUAGCCAAGUGUUUUAAGUAGACUAUGUUAUUAUAACAUUAUAUACUUAUUAUAAUUAUGUGUAUGCACUGUGCUAAUUCUAAAAUAGUACCUGAUUUAAUAUCAUUCAAGUACAUUCGUAUCCUGAACACCUCUUAAGCACUUAUGAUUGUUAUCAUAAUACUUUGUUUUAUAUAACAUACAAUUUAAUUUAUGAUAUAAAAUUACCAAUAAUCGGAGUAAUAUUUGUAUAAUAGUAUUAAUGAACAAAUAUCAGCUCUUUUUAAUUAUCUAAUUUCAUUUAAUAUAUACAAUAUUUUUGAUUUCUUAGCUAUUGGAUAUCAACCCAUAACAUAAUAACACUAGGAGUCCUAGUGGUCUAAAAUAGCGCAGUUUGUAUAGAAUAUCUGUAAUAGGUUUCAUUAAAAUCGUAAUUCUUAAAUUGUUUUACAAACUCAUAUCUAUGAAAUUUAAUAAUGUAGUACAAAUUACUUAUAAUUUUACAUUUCAGAUUUGAAAAACUUAAGCAUUAUGAACAAUGUAUUACGUAGACGUGCUAUCUCGCUAUUUUAGACCCAAUGGUUCAAGUUAAGCAGCAGACACUGAUGUCAUAAAAUUAAAAAACUUUUUUUGUACCUACCUUACGAUGGAGAAGUGCUAAAAAUCGAAAUGUUAUCAUCAUCUUUCGAUUUUUUCAGUAAACAUAUGUGAGAUAUGUAAAUAUUUAAGAUAGGUAAUUUGUUUUAUGAUAACUUUCUUAAGGGGCAAUAAAUUAUGACUAAAAAGCCAUUUAUAAACAGUAUAGGAAUAUCAGAAACGGGUUUUUGCUAUAUUUGUACGAAUCUUAUCAAACAGAAAAAUGUCUGCGACAUCUAUUGUAUUAUACAUUGAUGCUAUUAUACAUUUUGUAUACUAUUUUACCAAAAUUAUUGCUUUUGUAUAGUAAAUACUGUAAUUUCUUAUGUGAAUUGAAUUUUGAUGAUUUUUAACCCAUUCAUUCAUAAAUAUAAAUAUCCACCAAAACUUAGGUUGAAUUGAAUAAUGUAAAUUAUGUUGUUUUUUUUUAUCGUAUUUUAUUUGUUAUGUAUGUAAGUACCUUGUACCAAUUCGUAAACGUUUUAUUAAUAUCAUAAAAUCAAGGGCAAAUCAAAUCUUAUUGAAGUAAUAUUGUGAACACUUGUACUGUGAAAUUCGAUAUGUCAUUUUAGUUUAUCGUGAUCGCGAUCAUUGUUUUCAUGAAUAGAUAUACAAAUAUUUAUUUUUAUGAACUGGUUUGCUGCCAUGGAUUAGACUUACAUUUUAAUACUAACACAUCACGUUAAACACACUACAUGAGUAUAUGCACUUAAACCAAAAUUGAAACUUAUUACCUAUUAUCAUAAAUAUUAUUAUCCAAUUUCUAGAAAACUUAGCACUAGCACAAUAAUAAAGGAGACCGUUUUCAUAAUUAUGUAUUAUAGGGCGCUUCCUAAACUCGGGUUUCAUGAAAUGUUGACUCUUAAAUUAGCCUUAACUCAUCCAAAUGUGUUCAAUAUAAAUGAAGUUGAGACGGCACAUACCUCGGCUGCACUAGCAAUAAUGUAAAGAUUUACUUUCCAAAAAAAUAUGCAUUUUAAUAAAUAAAUCUGUAAAUAGUUUAAUAGAAUUUUUUGUUACAUUAUUAUUAGGAAUAAUUACUACCUUACUCUUCUAAAACGGUUCUUUAUCUGGAGUAGACGGAGCUGGUAUGGCAGAAAAGCAGUACUAAAGUAAUUUAAAACAACACGAUAAAUGGUUUUAUUUAAAUAACACUAGAGCAUUUUAAUUUAAAGAUGGCAAAAAAGCUUAUAUCAUAUUAGCUGAUUGUAAGCAGCUACUAUAUUUUAAAGAUACACGCUAUACCAGAGAAUCAGUUACACCGUCACCUACCUACAUCACCUCACAUCCUAUCCCGUUGAGCCUUUUUACUUUACUUAAUCCACAGACAAAACCGGAAAAUAAUAGUAUAAAAUUAUCACUAUAUUGUUUUAAACUUUCAUGGUCACUAACAUUAUAGUAAUAUAAGUUAUUUACGGGAUUGUUACCAUGUACCUUGUUUUUAGCGAGUUUCCGAUAUUUCGGCACUGUUGCAAGCGCCAUGAUCUAUAAGAUCGAUUGCAGCUGUGGCAGUUCGUACAUUGGCCAAACAAAGCGAACAGUAUCAUACAGAAUGAGGGAACACAUAAAAGCAAUCAAGAACAACGAUACGCAGAAAUCAGACAUCGCAGAAUAUUUGAUUGAUUCUGCUCCUAACCACUGGAUUGAGUUUCAUAACCCACAGAUUAUCAUGAAAGAACGCCACUACAUACCAAGAUUGGUCAGGGAAGCGAUUCAAAUAACAAAACAUAAAAUUCUCAAUCGUGAAGACAGGUUUAAAUUGUCGAGUGUCUGGAAUCCUGUGGUUCGUAUGUGUAAAACCGGAAAUAAUCAAAAAAGUGUCGUGUCGCGGUCCGAUACUGUAAGUGUUGUGUGUCGAAAACAGUUUCGAGUGAAUAGUGAGAAUGUGAACAGUGGUACGGGUAUCAAACGCAGUAAAAUACUUCGUCGGAGGGUAAACCGAUAUGUCUGCCAAUAACAGCCUACCCGCAAUUACUUCAGUUACUCCGUGAUCAUGGCGCUUGCAACAGUGC